AUGAGCUUUAUCUCUCGAUUCUUCACAAACGAGCUUCCGAGUACUCAGCAUCAGCAGUACCUAGAUCCGGCGCAAGAUGAGAUUGUCAAGUACUCCGAUCAGAUCAACGGCACACGACAGAAUAGCGUGCCGGCGACCAUGAAAAUUAAUGAUGAGGUCGAGUUGGAAUUGCAGAGGCCGCCAUACCUCCACUCCAUGUUGGCGGGCGGAAUCGGGGGCACCACCGGCGACAUCCUGAUGCACUCGCUCGAUACCGUCAAAACGAGACAACAAGGCGAUCCGCAUUUUCCUCCUAAGUACACUAGUCUGUCCGACUCCUAUGCGAAAAUAUUCCGACAAGAGGGUUUCAGACGCGGCUUGUAUGGAGGAUUUACCGCAGCCAUGCUGGGAUCUUUCCCAGGUACCGUCAUCUUCUUUGGCACGUACGAAUGGACGAAGCGGGAGAUGCUGGAUCGAGGCGUCAGCCCUACUGCGACGUUCCUGACCAGCGGUUUCCUUGCCGACUUAGUCGCCUCGGUGGUUUAUGUCCCUUCUGAAGUGCUCAAGACCCGCCUGCAGCUCCAAGGACAAUACAACAACCCGUUUUUCUACUCCGGAUAUAAUUACCGCUCGACUUGGGAUGCUGCAAAGACAAUAGCGAGAACAGAAGGUUUCGGAGCCCUCUAUUCCGGUUACAAAGCGACUAUCGUUCGGGACCUCCCCUUCUCAGCGCUGCAGUUUGCAUUCUAUGAACAAGAGAGAGCAUACGCUAUGCAAUGGACGGGCACGAAAGACCUUGGCCUAGGCCUGGAAAUAGCGACCGCACUAUCGGCUGGUGGCGCUGCGGGUGUUUUGACAUGCCCGCUGGACGUUGUCAAGACACGGACACAAACCCAGAUCACGCACGACGACCAUGCUAAGAGCAGCCAGGCAUCACACAUGGAAAAGAGGGCAAAGAAAACAGCUAAGCCUCAGACAAGAGCCCUACACUCGUCUCCAAGGACGGUGCCUACUACCGCUCCAACGUUGGACACUUCUUCUGUCAUCCAUGGCCUGAGGCUUAUAUACCAGACCGAGGGUGUGGCUGGCUGGUUUCGGGGGGUCGGGCCGCGAUUCGUAUGGACGGGCGUUCAAACAACCACAAUGCUGGUGUUGUACCAAUACUUUGUGAAAUACUUCGACACAUUGCGACCAAGCGAAGGGUCGGCAGUGUAA